UCCUUCCAGAAUGUUUGCUUCACCACUCUCGAACUUUCCUUACUCCUUUUCCCUUUCUCACAAUCUCAUUAUAUAAACAAUAAACCCAUCCAAAAAUCUUCUCGACUCAAUUUCUGAGAGAGCAAAAAGAACCCGCAUAAAAAUUUCUGUUCGGAGUGAUAAUUUGUAAAGAUGGCGAGUAUUGUUGACUCGUUCGAUCUGUUCAGUUUACCAGAGACAGUGGAAAAAAUGUUGUUCCCUUCUUCUCAUCAUAGCCAUGACCACACUCGAGAGGGCAGAGUAGUUUCAAACAUUCCAGUGGAUAUUUUGGACAAUCCCAAAGAGUAUGUGUUCUUCAUGGAUGUUCCGGGUCUCUCCAAAUCUGAAAUUCAGGUAACCGUGGAAGAUGAGAACGCACUUGUUAUUAGGAGCAACGGGAAAAGGAAACGUGAAGACGGUGACGGCGAAGGCUGCAAGUACCUGAGGCUGGAGAGGAGAGCACCACACAAAUUGCAAAGGAAGUUUCGUCUGCCUGAGAACGCUAACCCCUCCGCUAUCACAGCCAAGUGUGAGAACGGGGUUCUUACUGUUACUGUUGAGAAACACCCUCCACCACCGAAAUCUAAAACAGUUGAAAUUGCCAUUGCUUGAAGAAUAGGUGGUAGAUGCAGAAGCUUGGACUUGGAAUAUUUUGUUUAUUGAUUGUUCUUACUCCUUUCCCCUCCUCUCUAGGUUUGUUCUUAUGGUUUGCUUAGUUGGCAGUGACG